ACUCUCAUAUCAUCUUCCUUCUAACUUGUAAUUAAAUCUUAAUUAUCUGCAAUUUAUCAGCUUAAUCUUCUUCAAGUGUAGUGGCCAAUGGCUCCUUUGUCUCUCCAGAUAAUCCUUUGUGCAACCAUAUUUCUUGUUUUGUCUACAAUCUCUCCGUCCAACGCAACACUUGGAGCAAACUACUAUGAUCAAACAUGUCCACAAGCUGAAGAUAUUAUCUAUCAAGCUGUUCGCAACGCUUCGUCUUAUGAUCCUAAAGUCCCAGCACGUCUUCUGAGGAUGUUUUUCCAUGAUUGUUUCAUUAGAGGAUGUGAUGCAUCAGUUCUAUUGGACUCAACUCCAGGAAACAAAGCAGAGAAAGAUGGUCCUCCUAACAUCUCUCUUAGAGCCUUCUACGUGAUUGAUGAUGCCAAAACUAUGCUCGAAAAGGCUUGCCCAAGAACUGUUUCUUGUGCUGACAUUGUUGCCAUUGCAGCUAGAGACGUCGUGGCUAUGUCUGGAGGUCCACAUUGGAACGUACUAAAAGGAAGGAAAGAUGGGAGAGUAUCAAGGGCAAAUGAGACAAUUAACUUACCAGCUCCAUCCUUCAACACGAGCCAACUCAUUCAGAGCUUUGCCAAAAGGGGAUUGGGAGUGAAAGAUUUGGUUGCUCUCUCUGGUGGACACACACUUGGAUUUUCACACUGCUCUUCUUUUGAAGCCAGGCUUCGUAACUUCAGCUCAGUGCAUGACACUGAUCCCAGCUUGAAUGCAGUAUUUGCAGAGAGCCUAAAGAAGAACUGCCCGAAACCAAAUAGAGAUAGCAAUGCAGGACAAUUCUUGGACCCAACUUCAUCAGUGUUCGACAACAACUAUUACAAGCAAAUUGUUGCAGGCAAAGGUGUUUUUGCAUCAGAUCAGAGUUUGUUGAAUGACUAUAGGACUGGUUGGAUUGUUAAAGCAUUUGCCAAUGACCAAUCUUCCUUCUUCUGGGAGUUCGCGGCUUCAAUGGUCAAGCUUGGAAAUGUUGGUGUUCAAGAAAAUGGUGAAGUUAGACUCAACUGCAGAGCUGUUAACUGAGAAACCGGCCUUAUAUUUGUUAAGUGUGUUUGAAAAUGAGUGUUUUGGGUAACCCCUAUUUGUUCCUUUUUUCUGGAUAAUAAUUCUCUGAAUUGUGAGGCUUAAUGCAGAGGCAGCGCAGAAAGAAUAACGUCAUCACAUUGUUAAGCUUUAUUCGUUAUCUAUCCUUUUGAUUGUAUUAAGAAAACAUGACCACAUUUCCUUUUAAA